GUUGACGGUUCUGUCUACGUCUUGGAUGCUUCCGGAAAUGCUGUUCACGUGAUUAACGUGACGACGCGACAAGUAAUAGAAAGCAUAAAAACCGAUCCACAACCCCACGGUUUGUACUAUCUGCCUUGGCGCAAGGAAGUCUGGGUACAUUCGUGGAAUCUCUCUACAUUUGACGUCAUCAAGACAGACACCCGAAAUCGCUCCCAUCGUGCUAUACGAGCUCACAUUUCUCCAGGAUGGACACAUGGUCAAAUGAUUGCCGAUAAAGCAUUGUUGAAAGGUCAACGUGGUUACGUCACUCACUUCAGUAAUCCGGGCAUUCAUAAGUUGAACUUGGAAGGAAAGUCAUACGCAGGCUUUGUGAAUCUUUCAACACAUGGAUGCACAGGCACAUUCAGAAUUGCAUAUAACUUUUACAAUCAACGUGUGUAUGUCGACUGUCGAUAUCGUUAUCGCAGCGUUUCCACACUUGAAAUCAACCCUUCCAAUGACACUGUAACUCGAACCUUCAGGUUUCCUGGCUACUCCUUUGCUUCGCCUAAUGGCAGAUUCCUUGUUACCACAUAUCGCAGAGGAAACAUCAGUCGAAUGAACAUACUCUUUUUUUCUGGAUCAGAUUUCCAGCAUCACCCUCAACUCUUGAUCCCCGGAGGCGUGUCACGUGCGGUUUUUUACCCCAAGAAAACAAAUCCCGAUACCUACUAUGUAUUUGUCACGCUUGAUUACAUAAACAAAAUGGCGGUCGUCGAUUUGGAGCUGGCAGGAAGAAAUGAUAGCAGCCGUUGGAAAUAUAUCGAUGACGUGGAUCGUCUUGAGACAAGACGACACGGCGCUUCACGAAAGUUGUUUAUAAACGGAAAAUGGAUUCUUUCCCCUGCAUCGAAAUCGAAGACUGUCGUCAUCAUUGAUGCUGAGACCCAAAAGGUUCAUGGGAAAAUUGCGAACGUUAAUGAAGGAGAUUUGGCAGUCUGGGUCGUUGAUCCUAAUCAGAGAGUUUCUGGGUCAGGUAGUCCUAAAUCUUUCGUGGCGAUGAUUUGGUUUUGCAUUCUCUACAGAUUUUUGUUUUAAAAAGUGGACAUGAUGUCACAAUGCCAUUUUUGACGUCUGACGUGUUUGGUAAAACACGACAACUUACAUAAUUAAAAUAUUAGAUAUAACAGUCGAUUAUGCAAUAAUUAAAUUAUCUAGACAUGUUAAGUGUACUGGUGUUCUCCGUUUCUUAAAUGAUGAAUGUAGACAAAUUUGAAAUCCA